AUGGUCGCCCCCGCCGUCCGCGUCGCGCCCUCGGCAGCCACCAGAGCUCUCAACCUCCUCCGCACCGUCCAGUUCACCCAUCCGCCCAGCUGCCCCUGCCAUUCGAACCCCAGUCACCACCACCAUCAUCAGCAGCAGCAGCAGACGCUGUCUCUGGCCCACCAUGUCCGGCGGCAUCUGGCCACCCCCGUCGACCCGUCCCGCGAGAAGGAGUAUGCCUUCGAGAUGGCCGCGUCCAGCAUCCGGUUCGGGCCCGGGGCGACCAAGGAGGUGGGCAUGGACUUUAAGAAUCUCGGCGCCAAACGCGUUUGUGUCGUGACGGACGCCAAUGUGGCCAAGUUGGACGCCAUGAAGCAGGCGGUCGAGGGCCUGUCGCGCGAAGGGAUCGAGUUCACCGUGUUCGACAAGGUCCGCGUCGAACCAAAGGAUAGCUCGAUCAAAGAGGCCAUUGCGUUUGCUAAACCCUACAACCCAGAUGCAUUCCUCGCCGUGGGCGGCGGAUCGGUCAUCGACACGGCCAAACUGAUGAAUCUCUACACCGUCUUCCCUGACGCCGACUUCCUCGACUUCGUCAACGCACCGCUCGGCAAAGGCCUCCCUGUCACCAAGCCCUUGAAGCCCCUGGUGGCCGUGCCCACCACCGCAGGCACCGGCUCCGAGACGACCGGCACCGCCAUCUUCGACCUCGUGGCCAAGAAGGCGAAGACGGGCGUCGCGCACCGCAACCUCAAGCCCACCCUCGGCAUCUGCGACCCCAUCAACACCCGCACCAUGCCGUCCGCCGUCCACGCCUCGUCCGGCCUGGACGUGCUCUGCCACUCGCUUGAGUCCUGGACGGCCAUCCCGUUCAACGAGCGCGUGCCCCGGCCAACCAACCCCAUCAACCGCCCCGCCUACCAGGGCGCCAACCCCAUCUCCGACAUCUUCUCGCUCAACGCCCUCCGCAGCACCGUCAAGUACCUCCCGCGCGCCGUCAAGGACCCCGAGGACUUCGAGGCGCAGUCGCAGAUGCUGCUGGCCGCGACGCUGGCCGGCGUCGGCUUCGGCAACGCCGGCGUCCAUCUCUGCCACGGCAUGAGCUACCCCAUCUCGGGCCAGAACCCGGGCUACAAGCACGCGGGCUACGCCGUCGACCACCCCAUCAUCCCGCACGGCGUCUCCGUCGCCGUCACCGCGCCCGCCGUCUUCCGCUUCACCGCGCCGUCCAACCCGGACCGCCACCUGGCCGCCGCCGAGGCCUUUGGCGUCGACAUCUCCAACGUCAAGCGCGAAAGCGCGGGCGAGGUCCUGAGCGAGGCCAUCGCCGAAUUCCUCAUCAAGCUGGGCGACCAGCCUCGGGGCCUGAAGGCGUUGGGCUUCAAGUCCAGUGACAUCGACAGUCUGGUCGAGGGAACCAUCCCGCAGAAACGGGUGCUGAUGUUGGCGCCCAACCUGAGCGAAGAAAUCUCGGCCGAGAAGGAGGAAUUGAGAAAGCUGUUUGAACAGUCAAUGGAGUACUAG